GGGUCUAAAAUAGACCCAUUAUGAAUCCUCCCCAAAUUCCGAAUUUCAGACUUUCAUCGCGAGAACACCUUUGCUUCUCCAUUAAAGACUGCAACAUUUCUUAAUCACAAUAUCGCCUUCUAUCUUUGUCAUUCAUUCAUCUCAAACUCCCAAUCUUAUAUCAUACUCUCCUUUGCAUUCAACCCCCGCCUCCAGGAGCCACCCAUACUCCCACUCCCCUAAUUUGCCACCGUCUUCGAUAGGCCAACGCUUGCAUUCCCAGCUGCAAUUUUAGGGUAUUAUCCUUUUGAAAUCAUGCAAUCAAAGGAUUCUAUUGUAUCUUGACAAUGCUUUAUGGUAACCUCGGUUCGAGCGGAAAAGCAUAGUGUAUGCAGUGUGAAUCUUAGUAAUCUCCUUAAGAUAAUGGAUUCUAGCAUUGGCACCACUGAUGCAAUUUCAGCUCCACACCCGGAUAUGGAAUUUGAAUCACAUGAAGCCGCUUAUUCAUAUUACAAAGAGUAUGCCAAGUCUGUGGGCUUUGGCACUGCUAAAUUGAGCAGUCGCCGGUCCAGGGUGUCCAAGGAAUUUAUUGAUGCUAAAUUUACAUGCAUAGGAUAUGGAAACAAGCAACAGUCUAACGAUGCCAUUAACCCUCGGCCUUCCCCAAAAAUUGGUUGUAAAGCUAGCAUGCAUGUGAAGAGAAGGCAGGAUGGAAAAUGGUAUGUUUAUAGUUUCAUUAAAGAGCAUAAUCACGAACUUUUGCCGGAUCAAGCACAUUUUUUUCGGAGCCACCGAAAUGUUGAUCCACUUAAGGCUGAUGUUGGAAGGAGAAGGAAGAAUCUGGCUGCAGUUUCUAAACUAUUUGGUGCCUAUCAAAAUAUUGACUUUUUGGAAGGUUAUAUGAAAAACCAGCAUGAUAAGGGGCGGAGUUUGAAUUUAGAAGAGGGAGAUGCUCAAGUACUUCUCGAACUUUUAAUGCAGAUGCAAGAAGAAAACCCAAAAAUUUUCUAUGCGGUUGAUUUGAAUGAAGAGCAUCGGUUGAGAAAUGUAUUUUGGGUUGAUGCCAAAGGCAUGGAAGAUUUCAGUAACUUUGGCGAUGUUGUUUCUUUUGACACUACAUAUUUCACAAACAAGUAUAAAAUACCUUUGGUACUCUUUAGUGGAAUCAACCAUCAUAUUCAACCCACAUUACUUGGUUGCGCUUUGAUUGCAGAUGAAACAGUUUAUACUUUUCUUUGGCUAAUGCAAACAUGGUUUAUAGCAAUGGGGGAAAGGGCUCCUGGAGUGAUGCUCACUGAUCAAAACAAUGCCAUAAAAGCUGCUGUGGCUGCUGUGUUUCCUAGUACACGCCAUUGUUUCUGUUUAUGGCAUGUGUUGGAAAAACUUACCAGGCAUCUUGAAUAUCCGAGCCUGUGGCAUAAUAGUCUAAUGCUAAAACUUGGUAAAUGUAUUUAUCAGUCUUGGACUGAGGAGCAAUUUGAAAAAAGGUGGUGGAAGAUGGUUGACAAGUUUCACCUAAGAGAAAUGCAGUGGGUUCAGUCUUUGUAUGAAGAUCGGAAACAGUGGGUUCCCGUCUUUAUGAGGGGUGUAUCUUUUGCUGGAUUAUCUACUUCUUUACGCUCAGAUAGUUUGAGUUCUUCAUUUGACAAAUAUAUGCAUGUAGAAACAUCAUUGAGGGAAUUUAUGGAGCAGUAUAGAUUAAUUCUUGAGGACAGGUAUGAAGAGGAAGCCAAAGCUGAUUUUAAUGCAUGGCAUGAAACUCCAGAGCUGAAGUCUCCAUCUCCUUUUGAAAAACAAAUAUCGCUUGUAUACACACAUGAAGUUUUCAAGAAAUUCCAAGUUGAGGUUUUGGGAGCUGCUGCUUGUCAUCUUAAAAAGGAAAACGAAGAUCAGGUGCCCGCAACAUAUAGUGUUAAGGACUUUGAAGAUAAUCAAAAUUAUAUGGUUGAAUGGAAUGAAUCUAAAUCAGAUAUAUACUGCUCAUGCUGCUCUUUUGAGUACAAGGGCUACCUUUGUAGACAUGCUAUUGUUGUGCUCCAGAUGUCUGGUGUGUUCAACAUCCCAUCAAAAUAUAUUUUGCAACGGUGGACUAAUGCUGCCUUGAGCAGGCGUCCAAUCAGUCAGAAAUUGGAUGAGGUCCAAUCUAAGGUCCGACGGUAUAAUGAUUUGUGUAAACGUGCCAUAAUAUUAAGUGAAGAAGGCUCACUUUCUCAAGAGAGCUAUAAUCUUGCUCUAUCUGCCAUAAAAGAAGCUCUGAAGCAAUGUGCAAGUGUCAAUAAUUCGGCUGGGAAUGAUGACAGAUCUAAUACCUCAGUGAUUCAUACCGAGUCUGGUGUUGAAAGAGUCAACCCAUGUGUAAAUACUUCUCUAGAAAAAACUCCAGACCCUAGAAUUACAAAUAGAAAAGGAAAGCAGGUAUCUCCUGCAGGAGCUGCCAAUGUUGGGUCACAAAAUGGCUUUCACCAAAUGGGGCUGUCAGACAUGAGGCCUACGCCAAUGCAUAAUGUGAUGCCACCAACGCAAUUGCAUAAUAUGGUGCCGACUAUGUUUACAAAUGUUGCAUCAACACAUUUUCAAAACGUCACCGCUGCACAUUUGCAUGACAGCCGACUCCGUCGGUGACUGUUUUUUACCUUGAUUUUGUAAAGAUAAUGUAAAGCUACUUUAGGGUUGUAGGAAGAGCAGUUUAUGAUGUUGCAAUUGUCUUGACUUGCAUCACAAGGUUUUGGUGCAGCUGACAAGAUUGUUAUGUUUCCCUCUGCCGACACUGUGCUAUGCCA